AUGGACCUUGCAGGCGUCUGCUCUACCAUCUUCCUUGAUGGACCAUUUGAGGUCAUUCCGCAAUUCCAUGCUUCUUGGGACAGCGUCGAAGCCUUCGCCAUUUUCAAAUUAAAGACGCACCCAGUCCUGUUCAUUGGGGUUAAGUCACCCUCGUCAUUCCGUCUGAACUCCCAGCGUAAAGAAGCUGAUAGACGGAUACGAGGGCAUUUCCGCGACCUCCACCCCGACGUCAUCAUCCCAACUGUCCCCGCCAUCAGCGCUUUCGGGACUCUUCUCUCAUUCUACCGCUACGACAAGACAUCCAACUCUCUCACUCCUGCAAUCGAAGCUGAUCUCCCCAUUAUGACCGAUACUGCGCCCAAAGAUCGCUGGGAUUGCGAUAUCUUAGAUGCUACUGGCACAACUCGUUUUCGCGAGAUGGCCAAUGAGGUCAAAACCAUGUGCACACAGCUCUUGGGUGGUGCGGCGAAUAUUCUUGGCGAUCUGUGCAUUGUUCUCGCUGAUCUCGACCUACGCAGCCUGAAAAGACCAGAAAAAUAG